ACAAAUACAAAAAUCAAUGGCUUCUUUUCACAGAUUGUUAUGUUUGUUCCAAAACAUUCUUGUAUCGUGUCUGAAUUUCACACUCCUCCUCCUCUCCCUCUGUUCUUUCGUACCAAUCAUUCUUCUUAGAAACCCUCCAACUUCACUUGGUUUAGCCUUCAUCGCGGUCUCUCUCGUAUCUCUGAUCUCCUCUUUUGGUGGUGCCUCUUCGCACCAAUCUCGAGCCUGUUUCAUUGUUCGAAUCACCCUUCAUGUUUCCUCAUUGACGGGUCAACUAAUGGCAGUUUUAAUGUUGUUUAGUAGAGAGAAACAGAGUCUUGCUUUGCUGAUAUCGCCUCGAGACCCAAGAGAGGCUAAAGCUUUAGUUAGGAUAGAAUGUGGUGUUUUCAUGGCGAUGAUUCCGUUACAGAUGAUGGUUCUAGUGCUGGCUUGUGUGUUGCAUUGUUAUUGGGUUAGAGAGUUCCAAGGGUUAGAAGUUGAGAGUGAAGAUUCUUUUAGAAGAAAAUGUAACCGAAGAUUCUCGACCGUUGAAGAAGCUACUGGUUCGGAUGUCAAAGAAAUGGAAUUGGAAGAGAAAACGAAUGCGAAACAUGUUCAGUGGGUCAAAACAGAUUUUGAAGGUUAAGUAACUUAAAAGUGGAAUAAUUCUUUUGAAUUUUUCGCUUCUUCCAUCGAGUCACUAUGUUGGUGGCUCUUACUCUGUUAGUGUUUUUAUGAGUACAGUUUGUGUUUAUUGUUCAAAGCUAUAUUUUAUGUCUUGGUUAAGAAAAUUAUUUAUUUGCUGUAACAAAACUCUGUUAGGUUCUCAACAAUGUUGUAAAUUAUCCACUUAAAUGUUUCAGUACUGGUCGAUCUUGUGUUUU